CACUCUCUCUCCCUCUCUCUCUUCUGUGCGUCCAAGUUUUCUUUCUCAAUUCUUUCCGUCCUGUGGAUGGGAAUGGUAAUGGCAAUAUUGGGAUGGCCAUUAUCGAUGGUCGAUUGAUUUUGGAGUAUAGCAGAUUGCGAUGCCCUUUCCUCGAGCUUAAGCUUUUUCGCGCUCUUCUUCCGUUUUGGGUUUUCAUCGGACGCGCUCUCUCUCUCUCUCGGCAAGUUUUGCUUAGCUUUUGGAUCCACCGUCUGAUCUCCGACUGCAACAUUUUCCCCCGAACCUCCGCUAGCAAACUGGGUCAACCAUGGCGAUGAUAAGCAAGACCCUCGUGUUCACGUACAUCUACCUUCUGAUUUACAUCAUCCUCUCCUCCGGCGUCAUCCUAUACAACAAGUGGGUUCUCUCACCCAAGUAUUUCAACUUCCCCUUCCCCAUCACGCUCACUAUGAUUCACAUGGCAUUCUCCGGCAUCGUCUCCUUCUUCCUCGUCCGCGUUUUCAAGGUUGUGUCUCCUGUCAAAAUGACCUUCGAAAUAUAUGCCACUUGUGUCAUACCCAUAAGCGCCUUCUUCGCUGCAAGUCUUUGGUUUGGUAACACUGCAUAUUUAUAUAUUUCAGUGGCCUUCAUCCAGAUGCUUAAGGCUUUAAUGCCAGUGGCAACUUUUAUCAUGGCAGUAUUGUGUGGCACUGACAAAGCAAGGUGUGACGUGUUCUUAAACAUGUUGGUGGUCAGUGUUGGAGUUGUCGUUUCCUCGUACGGGGAAAUCCAUUUUAAUGUAGUUGGCACAGUUUACCAGGUUACUGGCAUCUUUGCAGAAGCACUUAGGCUGGUGUUAACUCAAGUUCUUCUACAGAAGAAGGGCUUGACCCUGAAUCCUAUCACCAGCUUAUAUUACAUAGCUCCAUGCAGUUUUGUGUUUCUGUUUGUACCUUGGUAUCUACUGGAGAAACCAGGAAUGGAAGUCUCACAGAUUCAGUUCAAUUUCUGGAUUUUCUUUUCUAAUGCACUCUGUGCAUUAGCCUUGAACUUCUCCAUAUUCUUGGUGAUUGGAAGAACUGGGGCAGUCACCAUCAGGGUUGCUGGUGUGCUUAAAGACUGGAUACUGAUAGCCCUUUCAACCGUCAUAUUUCCCGAGUCUACUAUAACUGGCAUGAACAUAAUUGGUUAUGCAAUUGCACUUUGUGGUGUCGUAAUGUACAACUACUUAAAGGUCAGAGAUGUCCGCGCAUCAUCGCAGCUCCCUGAAGCUGCUCCUGAAAGAAUGGUGAAGGAUUGGAAACUGGACAAGAAGGCAUCCGAUAUAUAUGUGCCUAAUAAUGGCAGUGAUGGCAGUACAGCAAACAUCUUAUCGUCCUCCGAUGCUGCAGAUGAGGAAGCACAACCUCUGGUUGCAUCCUCGAGAUUGUCUCAUGUUGGGCGUACACAGGCUAGUAACCACGGUGGAUGAUCACUUGCUGCUGUGGAAUGUAAAUCCGAAAUUGCAGAAGCAGGAGGGCGGGAGAAUGCUCAAGUUUGCUAGUGUGAGGUGCACUGUGCUAUGUCAGUUGCUGUUUCUCAUCUCUCUCGAAUUCUGCUUGGUUCGAUUUUGUUCUUCUUUGAGGCUAUAGUUUGUGCUCUUGUUUUGUCUGGCUUUUUUAGGCGCAUUGAGCAGUAAUAGGGAGUUGUAGUAGCAGCAGUCUUUCGUAGUUUUCCUUUUCUUGUGUACGUUGGCCAUCGAUUAUAAAUCUAUUGAAAUUUGUAACUACUGACUGCACUUCCGCCAUUGCCACACGUUUACAUAGAUACGUCAUCAACCUGAGG